AUGAUACGGAAUGCCGAUUUCUUUGUCAAACCGAGACAUGAUCUUCGCACCAAGUCGGCAACGGGUGGUCUCAUCACGUUGAUUGCAGGAUCAGUCGCGGGUCUCUUGUUUCUUGCUCAAAUGUACACACAAAUCAUGGGAACGACGCAACAUUCACUCUACUUGUCAGAAUCCAAACCUAUUCCAAUGCUGGGGACCUUUGAUCCUUUUACUACUCGGUUGUACGACAUCAAAUCAAAAAUGACCAUGAAACUGCACAUUACCUUUCCUCACAUGGAAUGCAACAAUAUGGAAAUUAGAAUCAACGGGGCUCCCCUCAAGGAUUCUGAUUUUGAUUUCAAAUCACAAAAGGGAAGACGGCGAAUGGCCAAAGUACGACCCAAUGCGGCGGAUCUCAAAGAGGCUGGUUUCGAUCCCCACAAACACAAGACGGGAUGCACCAUCAAGGCUACCUUAAGAGUACCCACGGUGGCAGGACACGUUUCCAUUACCAUGUCCCAAUUAGCAUGGUCCCGAACGGUCCAACAACUCAUGAUGGAAGCCCAAAUGGGCAUCUUGACAUCGCCUGGGGGAGGCAAUGAAGCAACCCAAAAUUCACACAACAUGUCCCAUUACAUUCAUUCAGUCCAAUUUGGCAAACGAUUUCCACUCGCCAAGGACGAUCCCUUGCAACAUCGGGCGCAUGUCAUACAAAACAAAAUGGGUGGAAUUGCACUGGAAAACAUUCAAGUCAAGCUGGUACCCACCUAUUACAGUGGUUGGAUGUCCAGCAAAUUGACCUAUCAACAAUCUGUGGUCUCCCAUACGGUACAACCCGAACACAUGGUCAGUCAAGGAGUGGCUCUUUCUCCAGGAUUGGCCAUGAGUUAUGACUUGACGCCACUGGCAGUUCGACAUGAGAUUGGUCGAGACAAUGUGUUUGCAUUCCUAAGUUCGCUCAUGAGCAUUGUAGGGGGAGCCUUUGUCACGGUCGGUCUCUUUACGGGAUUGUUGGUGCACUCGGCGGCGGCCGUGGCCAAAAAGGUGGAUUAA